AUGAAGGCGACAGUCUACUCAGGAAAUAGGCAAUCACCCACCGAAGUUAAAGAAUCCUUACCCAUCCCCACAAUAUCGGCAGAUGAAAUAUUAAUCAAAGCUAAAGCAUUCGCUAUAAAUCCAACAGAUUGGAAAUCAGUCCAAAACGGUACCAGUUCACAAGGUGAUAUUUUAGGAUGUGACGUAAGUGGCACUGUUGUAGAGGUUGGUAAAAAUGUACCUCAUUUCGAGAAAGGUGAUUUUGUAGGUGCAUUUGUUGUCGGGAAUAUAUCACCGAAAAAUGGAGCAUUUGCCGAGUACGUCGCUGCUAAUCCAUUUGGAUGUGUAAAGUAUGACCUGUUGGAAGAUCGUGUUAUUGAAAAGUCCAGUCCCAUUACCACAUUCCUUGGUGCUGCUAGCGCAACGUUGGGGUUGGUAACUGUUGGUGAUUCAUUUUCUUAUCAAUUGAAGAUUGGUGAGAGGUAUAGUGAAGGAGAUUAUAUUUUGAUAUGGGGUGGUGCUACUGCCACUGGAAUUUUAGCUAUCCAAUUGGCAAAACUGAUUUAUGGAUUAAAUGUUAUAACCACAGCAUCAUCAAAGAACCAUGAAUACCUCAAAUCAAUAGGAGCAGACUAUGUUUUGGAUUAUCAUGAUGAAUAUGUCGUUAACGAAAUUAAAGAAAUUGGAAGAGGAUUGAUUAAAUUUGCAUUGGAUACAGUUGCUAAUCCAUCGACAUUUCAACAAGUAUAUGAUGCAACUAGUGAAGUCUCGAGUGAAGUAUACCUUGAUUCAUUGUUGUUCCUUGAUGCAAGUUCCAUUAAUUUGGACAAAAAAAGAGACAAUUCGAAAGUUCAUUACGGUAAAUCUUUUGCUUAUUUAGCAAUCACUGAAACGAAGACAACUUCUAACGGCACAUUUGUUAAACAACCUGACGAUAUGUUGAAAUAUUAUGAACCUUGGUGGUUUGAUAUUUUCCCAAAAUAUAAAAACCAGAUAAAACAUGCUAGGUUGAGAGUGUUGUCGGAUGGAUUGAAUAGUGUUGAUGAAGGAUUUAGAUUAUCUAAACAGGGGGUAUCUAAUGAGAAGAUAGUAUUUAGUAUUUAA